AUGGGCUCCAUGAAUUCGAACAACUGGCUUUCCUUCCCACUAUCUCCUACUCAUUCUUCCUUGCAAUCACAUAUGCAUACAUCUCAAGCUCAUCAUCAGUUCAAUCUAGGGUUAGUCAAUGAUAACAUUGACAACCCAUUUCAACCCCAUGAAUGGAAUCUAAUGAACACGCAUGGAAGCAAUGAAGUGCCAAAGGUUGCAGAUUUCCUCGGUGUGAGCAAAUCGGAUACACAGUCCGAUCUUGUGGCCUAUAAUGGAAUUCAAGCCAAUGAAUCCGAUUACGGCCUAUUUCAAAACAACAGUCUUGUACCUAUGCAUAAUGCUGUUGUGGCUCCUACUACUAACAACAACUAUGAGUUUCAAGAGAAUAGUAGUAACUUGCAGUCAUUGACACUCUCUAUGGGUAGUGGCAAGGAUUCUAUAAGUGAAACUAGUGGAGAAAAUAGUGCGACUACUGUUGAAGCCACCCCUAGGAGGACAUUGGAUACAUUUGGUCAAAGAACAUCCAUAUAUCGCGGUGUAACAAGGCAUAGAUGGACGGGAAGGUAUGAAGCUCAUCUGUGGGAUAAUAGCUGUAGAAGGGAAGGACAAUCAAGAAAGGGAAGACAAGUGUAUUUAGGUGGAUAUGACAAAGAAGAGAAAGCAGCUAGGUCAUACGAUUUGGCUGCACUCAAGUACUGGGGAACAUCUACCACCACUAACUUCCCGAUUAGUAAUUAUGAGAAGGAACUUGAGGAGAUGAAGCACAUGACCAGACAAGAAUUUGUAGCUGCCAUUAGAAGGAAGAGUAGUGGCUUUUCUAGGGGUGCAUCAAUGUAUCGUGGAGUCACAAGGCAUCACCAACAUGGACGUUGGCAAGCAAGGAUUGGUAGAGUUGCUGGAAACAAAGAUCUUUACCUCGGAACUUUUAGCACUGAGGAAGAAGCAGCAGAAGCUUAUGACAUAGCUGCAAUCAAAUUCAGAGGCCUGAAUGCAGUGACAAACUUCGACAUGAGCCGUUACGAUGUCAAGGCAAUACUGGAGAGCAACACUUUGCCCAUUGGAGGAGGAGCCGCAAAGAGACUGAAAGAGGCACAAGCACUUGAGUCUUCACGUAAGAGAGAAGAAAUGAUUGCUCUUGGCUCUGGUUUUCAAUAUGGAGGAAGCUCGAGCAGAUCGUUACAAGCUGGAUAUCCACUUGCAAUACAAACCCCAUAUGACCAAACCCCGCAACCAUUACUGACUCUACAAAACCAAGAUCACAUCUCUCAUUUCCAGGACAGUUCAAGUUACCAAAACUACAUUCAAACACAACUCCAAUUGCACCAACAAAGUGGGUAUUACCAGCUCCAGCAAGCAACCCAGAACCCAGUUCUCUACAAUUCUUAUAUACAAAAUAGUCCAGGAUUGCUUCAUGGGUUGAUGAACAUGGGUGGUUCUUCGUCGACUAUUGGGGACAAUGAUGGGAGUUCUAGCGGUGGAUAUAGUGGUGGAGGGUAUGGGAUUGGAUUGGGUUCGAAUUCUACUGGGACAAAUACAGUUGGCUCUGUUCAUGAUCAGGAGCUUGCACUUGUUAAGGUUGAUUAUGAUAUGCCUUCUGGCGGGUAUGGUAGCUGGUCCGGUGGCUCUGUUCAGGGUUCGAACAAUCCGAGUGAUUUCACUAUGUGGAAUGAUUGA